UCCCCCUUUGUUUUGCAUCUCCGCAAAGUUUCUUGAUUUUCAUGCCUUUUUCCUCUCAUUUAAACAAUGUCAUCUAAUAAUCCAUUCUAUGAACUAAGUCCGGAUAUAAAGAGUUUAUUGACUAUAGAAACGUUUAGAGAAAAUGUCUCAACAGCCGAUUUUGUUGAAAAGAUUUCGACUGGUGUGAUUGGACAAAUGAAUCAAAUAGGAGGAAAUACGACGACUUUUGAUCCUAAGCCGUUUAUUCGAACCUUUGAGAGUGUACUCGAAGAACUUUAUCACUUAAAGACUCGUGUACAGCAGCAGUGUAGCGAACUUGAAAACAGUACUCAAGUCGCAGAAAAAGAGUAUCGCCAAAGUAUAGCAGACCUGCAUGAAUCAUUUGACGAUGUCUAUCAUUCAUAUGACAGCUUGGAAAACAGAAUAGGCGAAGUAGGCAAGACUGCUAUUCGUAUAGGUGAACAGUUGGAAACGAUCGAUAAAGAGCGAUCAAAGGCUUCAGAAAGUAGAGAUAUCAUAGAGUAUUUUAUGGAAUUUCAGGAAGGCAACAGUGAGCGUUUAGACUCUUUAGUGCAAACAGGAGAAGAGGGACAGUUGAAGGCUGCUGUCAUUGCUAGAAGAUUAAAUGCGGUUUCUAAAGAAGUAGAUAAUGAUCCAGAAGCUAGAAGAGCGAUUGAAAAAUUCUGUGAAAGUUUCGAAAAUGAAAUUCUACAAGAUUUCAACAAAGCAUAUACGGAAGGUGAUCCUCGUCAGAUGGCACACUGUGCCAAGGUUCUGUUCGAGUUUAAUGGUGGCACGUCAUGUGUGCAGAUAUAUGUUAAUCAGCAUGAGUUCUUUAUGUCAAAUAUGACAAUGGAAGAUACAGAUCAAACCAGAGAUUCCGAAGACAAUGCAGAUUUAUCAAACCCCAAUGUGCCAUCACCUGAAGUGGAUACGAGUCUUGUCAAAUUGUAUGAUGAUAUCCGUAUUACUGUACGCCGGGAGGCUGGUAUCAUUUCAAGUGUAUUUCCACAACCAGCAACAGUCAUGCAAGUCCUUUUGCAGCGUAUAUUUGCUCAAUCUAUACAAAACCAUAUUGAGUUAUUGCUUUCGAGAUCAGAAAAAUGCUCACACUUGGCCUAUUUAAGAACAUUAGCCUCUACACAUGCAGAAACAAAGAGACUUAUCGAAAACCUCAAGUUUUAUUGUGAUAAAGAGGUUCCGCUCAAGGAUCCUACAGAUAUAAACGGGCUGGCUAGUUCUGCUUCUCCUGACGAAACCCUGGACAGAUGUAUGGAUGAUUUAUUCGUACCUUAUACUGAAGGCGGUCGAUACCUAAAGAAGGAGAAGGAGUCUCUUCAUGAAUUAUUUGGAAAUAUCGUAUCUGAAUUUCUUAAUGCCAUGCAACGUCGAAAGAUAACAUCUGCACGUAAUCAAUCUGUAUUGACAAGAACACUAAAUCAAAUAUCUUCAACAUCUGGAGGCAUCAUGUCUCCAUCCGCUUCUUCGCCAUUAUUAAGUGAAGAUGGAGUUUCACAGGCCGGAAUAGAUCAUUUUGGCCGAAUCAAAGAAAGCUCAACCAAUUUGUUUGUAGACGAAAAUGGUUUUUGCUUGUUAUCGUCAGGAGCAAUUCUAAAGAUGCUCAAUAUGCAUGCUGAAGCAAUCAUUCGAUGUGUUGAGCUAGAAGAUGUACAAGAAUCAAUGGGCUCUUUAAAGAAGAUCUAUAGCAUUUUGAUUGAUUUUGUUGGACAUAAAUACUUGGACAUAGCCAUGGAUGAGAUUAUUGAAAUUUUAAAUAACAGACGAGAUCAACCAGAUUUGUCUUGCUUUUCGGCUGUCAAGUCAGCUGCAGACAUAAUGCACCUAAUGCAGAAGCACUUUGAAUCUGCAAUAUUACCACUUGUAAUCACUGUGCCUUCAUCCCAUAGAGAUAUGCUUGCACUCAAAAAUGUCUUUAUGGCUAGUGUGGAACGAAAAAUAAACAGUAUACUUCAAAAGAGCAUAGAAGGAACCAUGUUUUGGCUUGGGGAAAUAUUGAGCCGACAAAAAAAGAAUGAUUUCCGGCCCAAAGAUGAAGAAGUGGCAAUGAUGAACAUGGGUACGCAACCGUGUAUGCAGAGUAUUGAGUUUGUUACCAAGGUGUAUCGAGCAGCAUCCAAUGCGCUUCAAGGCAAAAACUUUGAAGCUUUUCUAAAACGCAUUGGCAAUGGAUUACAUUCUAUGCUUUUGGAGCAUUUUAAAAAGUUUUAUGUUACUCCCACAGGUGGUCUUUUGGUUACAAAAGAUAUUGCAAAAUACCAGGAACUUGUCAAAAUGUUCAAAAUUGCUGUACUUGAUGAAAAGUUUGAAAUGUUACGCCAAUUAGGAAAUAUAUUUGUCGUGAAACCAGAAAUUCUCAAGUCUAUACUGUCUGAAGGGUACCUUGCCCGGUUAGACCCAUCUGUGCUUUACCCUUACUUGGAAAAACGAACUGAUUUCAAGACGGCCAAGUUGGACAGAUUGCUUGGCAUUUCUGUGGAUGAAGUAACUGAAGGACAGAGCACAGAGGUGUCAGCAGCAUCAAACAAUCAGCGUAGGACCGAUCAGAAAGGAAAAGGCCAAAGAAGAUCACUCUUUGUAAGUGAUAAUGAGAUACUCAAGGAUAUCAUGAAGAAUUAUACAAGCAAUCGUGAUUUCCUUUCUGCAUUCAAUCUGUCUUGAUUCUCUUUAUCUAUUGUUUUGUGUUUUUUUAUUUCUGAUUUAUCAUUAUAUUGAAAUAUACACACACAUUUUAAAAAGAGAUUCCCAUCACGCAAGCCAGAGAAUGAAUAUACUCUCAUUGUGGAACCUUACUUUUUAAAGUUUGAUUUUUAUGAUAUAGCCAAGUAAUACGUCAUAAAAAGG